CGAAUCAGUUUUAUUCACAGUAGAAGAAAGGUGCAAUUUCUGUUCAAUGUUUUCAACAUAAAAAAAUCACCAACAUGAACUAUUUUGUAGCUCAAUUAUUUGUGAUACUGCUAGCGUUUGUUAUAACAAAUAUCUGUGCUGAAAAAAAAAUCGUUUGCUACGUUGGUACAUGGGCAGUGUACAGACCAGGACGAGGUCGCUUUGAUAUUGAUCACAUUGAUCCUUUCCUGUGUACGCACUUAGUUUACGCGUUCUUUGGAAUCAACAUCGAUGGUUCGAUAAGGAUCAUUGACCCUUACCUGGAUUUAGAAGAAAAUUGGGGCCGAGGACAUAUAAAGCGAUUCAAUGCACUGAAAUCUGUGAAUCCAAGUCUGAAGACGCUGGCAGCUGUUGGAGGUUGGAAUGAGGGCUCGAGAAAGUUUUCUGCUGUGGCUGCAAAUCCAGACUUGAGACGAAGAUUUAUCUCGGACAGUGUAGAAUUUUGCCGGAUACACAGUUUCGAUGGAAUCGAUCUUGACUGGGAGUAUCCUGCGCAACGUGACGGAGAUGCGAAUAUCGACAUGGUUAAUCAUGCAGUGUGGCUGGAAGAAAUAAGACAUGAAUUCGAUCGAUAUGGCUUGAUCUUGAGUGCAGCUGUGGCAUCCGCCGAAUUUUCAGCAUCAGUUUCCUACAUCAUUCCUCGUGUCUCGGCUGCACUCCACUUCAUCAACGUUAUGACCUACGACAUGCAUGGAGCAUGGGAAGACCACUGUGGACUGAAUGCACCUCUUUAUGCAGGACCUGCCGAUAUAACCGAAGUUCAGAAGCAAAUGAAUGUGAAUGCUAGCAUCCACUACUGGUUAUCAUCUGGCGCACCGAAGGAGAAACUGAUUUUGGGUAUCCCUUUGUACGGGCGGUCAUUCACUCUUGCGAACGCCGCCAAUAGUUUUGUCGGAGCACCCGUCAAUGGUCCAGGAACCGCAGGGCCUUACUCCAGGGAACCAGGAGUGAUGGGAUACAAUGAAUUUUGUGAAAAACUACAAACUGAACAAUGGGCGAUUCACUCAAGUGCAGAACAAUUUGGCCUAUAUGCUGUUCAAAAUAACCAAUGGCUGGGAUUUGAUGAUGUCACAACGGUGAAAUACAAGAUGGACUACGUUUUACAGAUGGAGCUUGGCGGUGCUAUGGUAUGGUCACUGGAAUCUGACGAUUUUCUUGGAGUGUGCCAUAGCCAGAGCAAUAUUCUAAUAAACACUAUAUAUUCCGCCAUGAACAAUGGGCUAACGCCACCAACGACCGCAGCAACAACCUCUACGACCGGCUGGGUUCCAUCCGAAUGCACGGGAGAUGGACUUUUCCCUGAUCCGGAUUCGUGUAAAAAAUACUACGUUUGCUCAAACGGACACAUUUUCGAAUUCUCUUGUCCAGAUGGUUUACUUUUUGAUCAACAAAAUCAAAUAUGCAAUUGGCCUGAAAUGGUAGAUUGUGAGAACAAUCAAAUUUGAUUACACAUAUAUUUCAAGCUCAUCAAAUUUUCUAUGGGUAACUACCUCAACGUACUCAGUAUUUAUAUUCGUGGAAUUGCAAAUGAAGGUUUUUGGAAGAUUCAUAUAGGUUAUGUCUUGUUAAUGUCGAUCUCUAAAAGGUCGGUUAUUACAAACAUACAUAUUAACACAAACCGUAACGGAAUAAAAUGACACUUUCCAAAAAAAAAA